CAGUGCCCUUUUGAGGCAGCUCACACUACUUAUAAUUCUUUCCUUGGGACCCAGUAUUCUCUCUGACCUCUGCUGGCUCCUGCACAGAUGUAGAUACACUGAUACAGACACACAGACAUGCAGACAUGCAGACACUCAUAUAUUAGGAGAGUGAUAUAAGUAUCCUAAGGAAAACUUGUAGGAAGUAGUUUAUCCAUUAUGUGGAUGCUGAGGACUGACAAGUACCUGUAAUCACUUAGCCAUGCUGGCUCUAUUCUAGUCUCCCUUCUCCUUCCCUUCCUCUCUUGAACAGGGUCUUACUGUAUAGCCCUGGCUAGCCUGGAACUUUUCUAUGUGUAGACCAGGUUGUCUCAAAGAGAUCUGCCUUCUAAAUGGUGGGAUUACAGAUUGUUCCAUCAUGCCUGACAGUUCUCUUUUUCCAAUUAUUUUAUACCUUUCUUGGAUGUUUUAGUGAGUAGGGAAAAGAUACCAUUGUUGUCCUAUUUACAGCCUUUGUUAGUAUUCAAAAAGGAAAUACCUAUAUCAAGCUGGCUUAGAACUUAGAUCCCCCUCUCUGUCUCCCACUUGAUGCUGUUUCAGUUGUUGGCCAUUGUGCUCAGCAGUUUGUUCCCAACGUCUGGGUUACAGCUUUGUAUGCCUCUGUAAAGCAUAAGCAUUUGGGCAUUGAUUUGAAUGAUUUACCACUGUGCACUCCACCUCCGUUCAUUCUUUCACUGUCCAAAUAGUUGAUAACAAACUCUGGUUCUAGAUACAGAAAAUAAAAUGGUCGCAGGCCCUAGUUCUAGAACAGUUAUCAGCCCUGGAACACCUUUGUCUAGGCAAGGAAUUGCCAUAUGGCUAGAAAAGCCAGUGCAGCAGGAUAAUUGUGUACAUGAAUAUCUGAGAAAUGGCCAGAAGAGAGAGACAGUAAAACAGUUUCAAUCUGCUAGGACAAGCUGGUGAAGCUGGACCUGAAGGUGGGAACAGUGGAAGGACUGUUUAUCUUUGACUGGCCAUCUGUGUUGCAUCAGAGUACUUCACUCGUUGGUCACUUUUGGGGGCUGUUCUGCUACCUGAAAGGACCCUCUAGUGCAGUGGUUCUCUCAAUCUGUGGGUUGUGGCCCCUUUGGGAGGGAAGGGUAGUCAAAUGAAUCCUGUGCAAGGGUCAUCUAAGACCAUUGGAAAACACAGAUAUUUACGCUACAGUUCAUAACAGUGGCAGAAUUACAGUUAUGAAGUAGCAAAGUGAUUUUAUGGUGUGUGUGUAUGUGGGUCACUACAACAUGAGGAACUCUGAAAGGGUCACAACCAGUGAGAACCACUGGUCUAAUGUGUUAGCCGAGAAAGAGGGUAUUUAUAAUGAGUGGUAUGGGAAGGUAGGGAGGCAGUGCAGCCACUGUGUGGUGUUAUUUGAUAUGAGGGCAGACAAUCCAACAGUUAAGGAAUAGAGGAUUUAAUGAAUUUAAGCUUGCAGGUGUGUGUCCAUCCUGGCAUUUCCUGUCAGAGACAGGACUUCCAUAAGUAACAGUGUGGUUUUUGGUUCCCCUUUCUGUUGCUUUAAAAUGGGAGGUUCAGAUUAGAUCUCCAUGUUCUUAGAAGGUGGGGGGAAGUAGAUGAAAUAAAUUGUGAACACAGAAUUAAUGAAGGUAAGUAGAUUUCUGUUGUGUGGCUUCACCUAGUAUGGUUGUGCAGAUGGAAUUCCUGAUGGCUUAAAUGAGAAGUGCAAGCUUUAGCAUCUGAUGAGACUGCCAGCUUGCUGUAUAGAAGGAAAGACUAAGAGCAAAUGGUUAUGAGCCUUAGAGUUUCUGAACUCCAAGUACUGUUGGGCUACGCUGGGAGGAACAAGCACGGACGCAAACACGAACUUCUUACAAAAGCCCUGCAUUUGUUAAAGGCUGGCUGUAGUCCUGCUGUACAAAUGAAAAUUAAAGAACUCUACAGGAGGCGGUUCCCUCAGAAAAUUAUGACGCCUGCGGACUUGUCUAUCCCCAACGUACAUUCAAGUCCUAUGCCUCCGACUCUUUCUCCAUCCACCAUUCCACAGCUCACUUAUGAUGGCCACCCUGCAUCAUCCCCACUACUCCCUGUUUCUCUUCUGGGACCCAAACAUGAACUGGAACUCCCACAUCUCACGUCAGCGCUGCACCCAGUCCACCCGGACAUAAAGCUGCAGAAGCUACCAUUCUAUGACCUGUUGGAUGAACUGAUCAAGCCCACCAGUCUAGCUUCAGACAACAGCCAGCGCUUUCGGGAAACCUGUUUUGCAUUUGCCUUGACACCACAACAGGUGCAGCAGAUCAGCAGCUCCAUGGAUAUUUCUGGGACCAAAUGUGACUUCACAGUGCAGGUCCAAUUAAGGUUUUGUUUAUCAGAAACCAGUUGUCCACAAGAAGAUCACUUCCCACCCAACCUUUGUGUAAAAGUGAAUACAAAACCUUGCAGCCUUCCAGGUUACCUUCCACCUACUAAAAACGGUGUGGAACCAAAGCGACCUAGCCGACCAAUUAAUAUCACCUCACUUGUCCGAUUGUCCACGACAGUACCAAAUACCAUUGUUGUUUCUUGGACUGCAGAAAUUGGAAGAACCUAUUCCAUGGCAGUAUAUCUUGUAAAACAGUUGUCCUCAACAGUUCUUCUUCAGAGGUUACGAGCAAAGGGAAUAAGGAAUCCGGAUCAUUCUAGAGCUUUAAUUAAAGAGAAGUUAACUGCAGAUCCAGAUAGUGAGAUAGCUACUACCAGCCUACGGGUUUCGCUGCUGUGUCCACUUGGGAAAAUGCGACUGACAAUCCCCUGUCGGGCACUUACCUGCUCCCACCUUCAGUGUUUUGAUGCAACUCUUUACAUUCAAAUGAAUGAGAAAAAACCAACAUGGGUUUGUCCUGUCUGUGAUAAGAAGGCCCCAUAUGAACACCUUAUUAUUGACGGGUUGUUUAUGGAAAUUCUAAAGUACUGCACAGACUGUGACGAGAUACAGUUUAAGGAGGAUGGCUCGUGGGCUCCAAUGAGGUCAAAGAAGGAGGUUCAAGAAGUCACUGCCUCCUACAAUGGAGUUGAUGGUUGCUUGAGCUCCACAUUGGAGCAUCAGGUAGCGUCCCACAACCAGUCCUCAAAUAAAAACAAGAAAGUCGAGGUCAUUGACCUAACCAUUGACAGCUCGUCAGAUGAAGAGGAGGAAGAACCCCCUGCCAAGAGGACCUGUCCUUCCCUGUCUCCUACGUCACCACUAAGUAAUAAAGGCAUUUUAAGUCUUCCUCAUCAAGCCUCGCCUGUGUCCCGCACCCCAAGCCUUCCUGCUGUAGAUACAAGCUACAUCAACACCUCCCUCAUCCAGGACUACAGGCACCCCUUCCACAUGACGCCUAUGCCUUAUGACUUACAAGGAUUAGAUUUCUUUCCUUUCUUAUCAGGAGACAAUCAGCAUUACAACACCUCCCUGCUAGCCGCAGCUGCAGCGGCGGUCUCAGAUGACCAGGACCUCCUGCACUCCUCCCGGUUUUUCCCGUAUACCUCCUCGCAGAUGUUUCUCGACCAGCUAAGUGCAGGAGGGAGCACAUCUCUGCCAGCCACCAACGGAAGCAGUAGCGGCAGCAACAGCAGCCUUGUGUCUUCCAACAGUCUGAGAGAGAGCCAUGGCCAUGGUGUGGCCAGCAGGAGCAGCGCAGACACAGCGUCCAUCUUUGGCAUCAUACCAGACAUUAUCUCAUUGGACUGACGCUCUCACCCUGCUGCUCCCACCCCAUCCCAGAUUAAAUGACUUGGCAGAAGAGAACUCUAUGCUCUGUUUUACCUUAUCCUGUUUAGAAAAGUAUACAAGCGUGGUUUUUUUUUUCCUUUUUUUUAGGGAAAAAAAAAUUAAAAGAAAUGUACAGAGAACAAAACUAUAUUUUCAGUUUUACUUUUGUAUAUAAAUCUAAGACUGCCUGUCUGAUAAAACACUUGUUUAAAAAAAAAAAAAAGAAAAAAGAAAAAGAAAAAACAAGCACCCACAAACCUUCAGUUCAUUUUUUCUGGAUUCUGAAGACUUCACCAUUUGUCCUGUGGUUUGGGUUUUAUUUUACUUCAAUGGCAUUAUCUUUCUUGCAAUAACGGAAACAAUUGCAUGUAUGAGGUUUAAAUUGUGGGCUUUGUUGUGGGGAUGGGUUUGGGAUAGCUUUGAUUUCCAUUUUUUAAAAGUGACAGACUUGGAUUCUGUUUGUGUGUGCGUAGAUUUUACCAGCCUUAAGUUAUGAGCCUCGUCUAUCUUACUGCAUACCCUUUGUUUUCAAGACAGAGCUUGUGUGCGUGAGUGCGUGCGCGCGUGCGCGCAAGAGCGCCUGUGUACCUGUAUGUGCUGUUCUGUCGUCACUCGCCCCUCCUCCUCAGUUUGCAUUUGGUUAUUAUCACUCUUGUGUGAGCAUCUUUCUCAACUCUCCCUAGGUGCAUGUUCUCCAUCCCAGAUCCUCUGUGAUCUGCUGUCUACCCUCUACGAGUGUGUUUCCCAGAAGUGCUGGAGCAAACGCUGCUUGGAUGCGCAGUCUGUGGGCAGGCCCUCGAAUGACAAUACACUUCUGUUGAUUCUAAGUCUGAAUUGCCAGUAUUCUGUAUGUAAUCCAAGGCUGUGAGCACUUGCAUUUUGGCAACAGGGUAACAAGUUUUCCUUGAGGAUCUUCAUACCAAAAUGGGAUGUGAAAGAACCCCCGUAGCCCCGUGGGGUGUGGAGCUGGCAGAGGUCGUUCCGUUCCACCGAAAGAAAAGAAGGAAGGAAGGAAGGAAAGAAAGAAUCGGUUAUCCUAAAGUUAACAGUACAGCACAGCCCACAUGUGGAUCCAUACCAAAUCUAUCUGAUAAAUAGUUGAAACUCAAAAAUAACCUUAGUUAUUUUGGUUUUCUGUCUCCGAGUAUACUUCCUUUCUUAGCCGUGUUCUUUUUUCCUUCACCUUUAGUGAAAGCAUGACAUAGGAAGCCUUUUUUUUUUUAAAUUCAAGAACCAAUUGGUCUCACCUACUCUCAAUAGCAGAAUAUGUAAAUAUAUUAAAAUUUGUUUCAGGAGGUGAUUAAGGGUCAAAGGAAGGAAAAAAUACUUCUCAUACUUGAGAGUCCGCAGAGAAGAAAGCAUGCUCUGACAGUGGGAGAUAGAUGGCAACUGAUGGAGGAUGCAGGUGUAACUGCAGAGAGCCAGGGCACACCAUCACCAGCUCCUGCACUGGCUUUUAUGUCCCACCUUCAUGUUUUCAGAGUUGUGGAAGGACCAUCUUUGUGUGUGGUAAACUUGUUUUCAAGCCUUGCAUCCAUAACAGAAGGACCGGUAGGUAUUAAUCCAGGUAGAAGUCAUGAUGACUGUGUCUUCAGUUGUAUAAUAAAGGAAGUGGUUCACAUGACAGCGUGGCAUCUAAAAAUAAUAUCUAUUUUAUAGUCUCUCUGCUACUAAAAUGUCGACUUGAAUUUUUGAAAAAAGUUGGUGUUGAUAUGUAUAUGUGUGUGUGUGUGUAUAUAUAUAUGUAUUUAUAAACAAGUGCGUGUGAGUAACAUCAUCGUCUUCCCCUACGCAUGUGUGUUCCACACAGAAACGGCUGUGUUAGAGUCACAAAACAAUUCGCAAUAAAACAAGACAUUUGUUAUCAGUUAAAACCAGAAAUAGUUAUGUUUUUAAAUUCAUCUGGUGUUAUGAAUACAGGUUCUACCAUCUCUCAUUACUGUAUUAAUUUAGACUCACUUCAGAUAACCAUAAUUUGUCUAAAUUGGGAUUAUAGUGGAAAUCACUGAAAUUUUGAGGUGUUUCUAUUAACAUAGCAAUAGGAAACAUUAUUUUAACUGAGGUAAAAUGAAUAGUUUUCUUUGUUCUUGGUUUUGUUUGGGUGUUUUUGGUUUGGUUUGGUCUGGUUUUGGUUACUGUUAGUAGUUUUAGGAUACUGAUGCAUAGUUUUUUGUGUCUGAUGCUGAAUUACAAACUUAAAAUAAUCCAGUUUAAACCAGCUCUCUGCAUUCUUCAUGCCAGCUAUAGAGGGGUCACUUUCCUUCGGUGUCCUGCCUUGUACCAGCCUAAGGGGAGAGCCGGUAACUGGAGGAAUAGAUGCCCUGUGGCUUUGGUCAUGUCCCCACGGGAGAACAAGCCGUUUGGUUGUCUGUAUGUUUUAGUUCCUUCCAUUUACUGAGGAGUUCACUUCUUCAGUGUUGACGUUCUAAAAUGUUGCAUGUGGUCAAGUUCAGUCAGAGACUUUCACAACCCUGAAUAAUUAUUAGAGCCACACACCACUUUAUCUCCUGCAUUAAAAGAAAAAGCGCAUGGUCACUUUGUCCCGUUGUUGUCGUUUUUCCUUAGGCCGACCUCACUCCCCAGCCCUGCCAACCUUGAUUAAUAGGCUGUGGACAGAUAAUGUUCUCAGCAUCUUUGAUUCAGCAAGCUGCCAGGAGCUCCUUCCUUAGUCUCUCCCUCUGGCAUGUGUUCUCUACAGUAUCGUGUGUGUGCUCCCGUCUUUCUGUAAGCACACACCAUCAAUAAAGUAGCCAUUCAGCCAGGAGGGUAGAGGUGGCUUUUAAUUUACCAUGUGGGCAUUACUGGACACAUUUUUUUAAAUAUGAAACUUAACCAUGCAUACUUUGUUGAGUAUUGAAGUUGUUCCACUGCUAAUUUAGAUGUUACACAUCUACAUUACUGACUUCAAGAAUCACUAAAGGUUUGAAAAAUGUGGGUUCUUUUGGUGGCGGUGGUGGUGGUGGUAUAUUUUUUUUGUCGUUGUUGCUUUUUGUUUUAUUCUUUUUUUCAGCCAAUUUUCCUUUUGAGACAAGUCUGUGAAACCGAAUGAAAAUAUGCCCUAAUUGUAAAUGAAUAAAUGUAGAAAGAACCUAGUUUUUAAAGCAGUUUCAAUUUUAAAUACAUGAAACUUUCAGAAUCUUCAGGACUCUUAAAGCACAUUUGAAUUUAUUUUGGUAAGAAUUUUGUUUUGUGGAUACACGUUGAAUUCUGUUUUUUUUUUAAUUAAACACAAAGUGUAGCUUUCAAGGAGGGAGGGAGAGUAGCCGGUGGUCCCAGAGCGUGCUGCUGCUGUUUUAUUAACAUAGGGGAAGAUGUAUAUAAAUAGAUAAAGAUUACCAUAAAUUCCAUGAACUUAAAUCUGUGAUUCAUUGCCUUAAGACUUUCUCUCUUAGAAUUUCCAUACCGCAUGCCAAACCAGUAAAAUGGCUUUUAAAAAAUGUAUAGUAGACCAAUGUCAGUUUGUAUAAAAGUACCAAGUGAAAAUAUUUAUUACAUGCAUUGGAGAAAAGUUGUUUCCCUGUUGAAUGUUACCUGUUUCUGUAGAGCUCUUUAGAUGUAAUAAAAGAGAAGCCUUCAGUUAA